AUGUUUGUGCAGACCGAACCGAGCGUAUCAGCGGGUGAUCAGUUGCCAUCAUACGGUGAGUUAGGGACAGAUGAGCACAAUUUCAACUAUGGACAGUUGGGGGCAGAUAGUAAGAAGAGAGAGGCUGCCCCUGCAUACAAUCCUCCCGUGAAGACGAAGGGGAAAAACGGGAAAGAGAGCGCCCCGCCUGAAUACUACUCCUCAGAAGG